AACAAACAGCUGCCUUAGUUCAACAACAUUUGUGUCGUGUUUUACUGCAAUAUGCAACAAAUGUUUUUCAAAUAAACAAAUUUACAUAAUUUUUAAAUUUAUUUAUAUUGUAUGUUUUUUUCUUUUAUGUUUAUAGUGAAAAUUUUCACUGGAAAUUAUAAAUAAUAAUACUAAACCAAUAAUAAUAAUAAAAAUAGUAGUUUAACAAAAAAAAAAUCAAAAUUUAUAUGUCUACACAAGAAAUUAUAAUGUUAACACCCGUAUCUACUACAACAGCCACAACAACAAAAACAACUGCAACUACAACAUCAGCAUCUACAACAACAUCAAAAUUAACACCAUUUGGUGGCUAUAAAAGCGAAAUGUUUCAAACAAAAAAACUGUCACAGUGUACGGCGGCGGCGGUGGCCAAAAAAGCAUCUGUGAAUUCGAAAAGUUUUCAAAAACUAAGCCCAGUUUGGCUGUGGUCGCUGUUAAUAAUAACUACAUUGCGUGUAACUUACAGUCAAGUUUGUGGCCCUCCUGCAGUUCCUCUUAAUGCAAAAGUGCAAACAGUGUCAGAUGGUUCUUCCAUUUUAGAAGCAAAAUACGAAUGUGAUUCGGGUUAUGAACUUUUUGGUCCCACGUCCAUUAAAUGCGAUUCCCGCACGGGCUGGGAAAAAGAAUUGCCCUUCUGUGGCACAAAUGUGGCGUACCGUAAGCCCGUUAAUCAAAGCUCCUAUACACGGGCUGGUCCCGCCCACUAUGCCAACGAUGGCCAGCCGGGCAAUAAAAAUCCCGAUGGCCAACAAUGUUCUGAAACACAAAAGGAACCCUCCCCCUGGUGGCGAGUAGAUCUAUUAACGCCACAAGCCGUCAGAGUUGUACGCAUAACCACCAGAGGCUGUUGCGGUCAUCAGCCUUUACAAGAUUUGGAAAUUAGAGUGGGCAACAGCAGUGCAGAUUUACAGAGAAAUCCUUUGUGUGCCUGGUAUCCAGGCACUUUAGAUGAGGGCAUUACCAAGACAUUUACUUGUGCUCGCCCUUUAGUGGGCCAAUAUGUGGCCAUACAAUUGGUGGGUGUCGAAGGCAGUCUUAGUUUAUGCGAAGUGGAAGUGUUUACCAAUGAUGAAUUUUCUGUUGACCGUUGCUUAAGUUCAAACUUGGCGGUGGACACUGUGUUGACGACUUUCUCCAAGACGUGUUAUGAAUUUCACGUAACAAAGGGAGAGAAUUUCGAAAAGGCCCAACAAAUGUGCACAACUACGGGUGGCAAUUUGGUGCACGAUUUUCGUGGAGCUGCCAACGAUUACAUACUGGCUGAAUUGGAACGACGCAAAUCGGAAUUGAAAACACAACUAGUCUGGAUUGGUGCACAAAAGGAGCCGGGAAUAACAUCACGCACUUGGAAAUGGGUGAAUGGUGAAGUUGUACAGAAACCAGCUUGGGGUAAAGAUCAACCCAAUAAUUAUAAUGGAGAACAAAAUUGCGUGGUAUUGGAUGGUGGCCGCAAUUGGUUGUGGAAUGAUGUGGGCUGUAAUCUGGAUUAUUUGCAUUUCAUAUGUCAGCAUGCACCACUAUCUUGUGGCUCACCAGAUUCCCAACAAAAUACAACAAUUGUUGGUAAAAACUAUACAAUUGACAGUGCGAUACAAUACAACUGCCCUAAGGGUCAUUCAUUAAUUGGUGAUGCAGAACGUACAUGUCGCACCGAUGGCACAUGGAGCGGAAAGGCACCCACUUGUAAAUAUGUCGAUUGCGGUCCAUUGCCUGUAUUAGAGCACGGUUCAGUGUUUCUGUCCGAACAGCGCACAAGUUAUGGUGUACAGGCCACUUAUAGUUGUCAUGAAAAUUAUACACUGAUUGGCAAUGAGAAUCGAACCUGUGAGCUGGAUGGUUGGACGGGCAAGCAGCCGGAAUGUUUGGUAGAUUGGUGUCCUGAACCACCAGAGAUACAAGGCGGCUCUGUGGUGGUGACCGACAAGAGAGCAGGCUCAACGGCCACCUAUGCAUGUGAAACUGGUUAUGUGUUGGUGGGAGAACCGGUUAUAUCUUGCGGCUUGGGAGGAGAAUGGUCAAGUAAGGCACCUUCCUGUCGUUUUGUGGAUUGUGGCUCUCCAGCCCGUCCUGAUCAUGGUGUGGCUGUAUUGAUAAAUUCCUCAACUACUGUGGGCUCUAUGGUAAAAUAUGAAUGUGAAGAUGAUUAUUGGCUGGAUGGUCCUUCUGAUCUGUUCUGCACUAAAGAAGGCAAAUGGUCGGGAGAUGCUCCUGUAUGUGAUUUAGUGACAUGUGAUACGCCUCAUGUACCACCAGGCUCAUUUGUGGUGGGCUAUGAUUAUAAUGUUCAUUCAAAAAUUACAUACAACUGUGAUCCGGGCCAUGUGUUGAGAGGCAAUCCUAUUUUGGAAUGUUUAGAUUCGGGAGAUUGGAGCACAGAUGCUCCCUUCUGUGAAUACAUUGACUGUGGCACUAUCACUCCUGUACCUUAUGGCAGUCAUAAAUAUACUACUAAUACCACCUAUGUUGGAUCCGAAGUAACCUUUAGCUGUUCUCAGUCUCAUAAACUAAGUGGUGUCCCUAAACGUACUUGUCUGGAGUCGGGAGUUUGGAGUGAUUCAUCACCAAAAUGUGAAGAAAUACGCUGCACAGAACCAGCUUUGGCUCCUCAUAGUUUGCUGUCCGUCACAGGCAAUGAUCGUAUGUAUGGUCGUACCUUAAUAAGAACCGCCGAGAGUGCCUCAAAUUCAGCUCAAACUUAUAGAAUUGGAGCUUUAGCUAAAUAUCGCUGUGAGCGUGGUUACAAAAUGGUGGGUGAAGCUUUGGUUACCUGUGAAGACAAUGGUCAAUGGAGUGGCAAUGUUCCUGAAUGUGUUUAUGUUGAAUGUGGAGCUCCCUUGAAUAUCACCUAUGGCAAAGUAACCUUGGCCACAAAUGUCACCUAUUACGGAGCAGCUGUCCUGUACGAGUGUGAUACUAAUUUCAAGUUAGAUGGCGUUUCCAGACGUUUGUGUACCGAAGAUGGCAGCUGGAGUCAUGAGGCCCCACAUUGUGUUGAAAUCACCUGCGAUGAACCAGAUUUAAGUGAAAGUCUUAUAGUGGAGGCUGGUGAGAGAUCAGUGGGUUCCUUAGCCAAAUUUAGAUGCCAAAGAGGACGUAAUUUGAUUGGUAAUGAUACGAGGGUGUGUCAAAAAUCUGGCAAAUGGACGGGUAAAACUCCAGCGUGUAAACCUGUUGAUUGUGGACGUCCCUUGCCCAUUGAGAAUGGUAGAGUAAUUGUGGUCAAUGAAUCUACCCUAUAUGGUGGCUCGGCUGAAUAUCAUUGCAUACCAGGAUUCAAUCGUAUUGGCCAAUAUUUGCGUAAAUGUACUGAAGAUGGUAUGUGGAGUGGAGAUGAGCCUCGUUGUGAAUUGACCGCUACAGAAGCUCAAGAAAGUGGCAGCUUAGGAACAGGCAUUGCUAUAGGAGCCACCGUUAUUAUAGCUUUACUCAUUUUGAUUGGUCUGAUAUUCAUACACCGCAAUAAAGCCAGGCCGGUAAAGAAUACGGAAAAUAUACAAGCGGCCGAAUCUAAAGACGAAAGAAAUGCUGCUGUCAUGUCCUAUUCAACACUAGAAGCUAAUAAUAGAAAUAUGCACUUGGAUAAUGGACCGCCAGCUACUUUUAAUACGUUCCAAGGUGGAAGGGGUAUGAAUGGAAAUGGUACAGCAAGUCGGGGAGAAAAUAUCUACGAUCAAAUACCCAACGAACAGUUCUACGAUGCCCCUUAUGAAAUGCGCACAAAUGAUGAGGUCUAUGAACCAGAACCCACAGCUAGCAAUGUCAUCACUAUUAAUGGUAUAUCUGUUAGAUAAACUUUUAUAUAUCUUUUUUAUAAGAUUGUUAGUUUACUUGAACAGCUAUAUUCCAAAAUUGUUUUAUUUAAAGAAAAUGAAAAAAAAUGACUGUAUUAUUAUCAAAAUUUGAUUGAAAUAACUUUAUUCCUUAAGUAUCCUAAAAAAAACAAGAAAGAAAAAAACAAAUUUAAAACGUAUGUUUUGUAGAUUUUGUAUAAAGAAAAUUUAAUUAUAAUUGUUUAGUUUGUUAAGUAUUUUUUUUUUGUUUUAAAUAUAAGUUUUAUUGUAUGUGUACAUGUAAAUAUUUAAUUAGUGAGUAUGUGAUUUGUUAUAAUAUAAAUACUUAAACUUAUAUACAUAUUUAUUUUGGCCUUUAACUAAUAACUACUUAAUGAAAACAAAACAAACAAUUUAGUACUUAUGGUAAAAAAAUAA